CAUAAGUCAUGCAUGACACAAGCCUCUGAAAAAUACAAAUGAAUAAGACAGCCCAAGUAGUUGGUACUGAAAAAUACCCGGGAGAGGGUUUCUGACCCGUCCCGCGAUAUUUACAAGUUAAUAUUCCUAAUACAAUUCUAUCUUUCCAAACUAUAUAAAACUUCGGGUCAUGGGCCUCCAGUAAACCCCGGGUAUCUUCUUCGGCAGGCCCAUUGGGGAUGCCUAUGUCAGGUACCGCUUUGGACAAUUAAUGAUAUCUCGCCGUCUUAGCUAUGGAUAGCCUAUUAAUAAGCCUCUGAAUAAUACAAAUGAAUAAGACAACCCAAGUAGUUGGUACGGUACCGCUUUGGACAAUUAAUAAUAUCUCGCCGUCUUAGCUAUGGAUGGCCUAUUAAUAAUGUAUGUGUGAUUGUUGUCUAGAUUACUAAAAUGUUGUGACAGUUGGGUACAUUUUUUUCAUUCCAUUUUCCAUGUUUGUUUGAAGUUAUAAGAUGAUGUGACAAUUUUAUAUAAUAUUUUCUUUGCCUUUUAUUAAUUGUAUGUCAUAUAAUCAUUCAGAUAUUCAACAUUUACACAAGAAAUCAUUUUCAAACAUGUAUCAUGAUCAUACUCUCAUACAAAUGCAAUACAUCACUUUAACCAUCGAAACAGGAUUUGGUAUUCAACUAGGAUAUCAAUUCUUUGUACCAAAUAUCUGAACACCCAAACAGAAAUAUUCGCAUUGAUCUCAAUUGGAAUAUCCCAGGAUAUUAAUAUUUCACCGAAUGGAAUGCCAAGCCUGCCAAUACAAACAUCCAAAUGCCAACAUGAAUAUUCUUACUUGAUGGUGACCAAGUUAUGAAUUAUUAAUCACUCCUGAGCAUUCACUAUUAUUGCUAGUGUGCCUCGUCAUGGAAGUUGAUAUGUAACAUAUUAAGAUGCACCGAGCUUACAAAAGGAUGAAGCUCUGAAGUUGAAGUAACAUAACAAAGCAUGGCUCCUCUGACUCCAAGACUUGUAGUGCCCAUAGAUGUGAAGAAGAAGCCUUGGGAGCAAAAGGUUCAUCUCCAUAACCGCUGGCAUCCAAAUAUCCCACCUGUUGCUGAUGUAAUUGAAGGGGAAUUAUUCCGUGUUGAGAUGGUCGAUUGUACUGGAGGACGGGUUAGAGAUGAUGACUCCGCAGAUGAUAUCAAGUUUCUGGAUCUCACAAUUGCUCAUUAUCUUAGUGGCCCCUUUAGAAUAGUUGAUUCUGAAGGGGUUCCAGCUUCACCCGGUGAUCUUCUUGCGGUAGAGAUCUGCAACCUUGGUCCGCUUCCUGGUGAUGAGUGGGGUUAUACUGGAAUAUUUGAAAGGGAUAGUGGAGGUGGAUUCUUAACGGACCACUUCCCAAGUGCAAGAAAAGCCAUUUGGUAUUUUGAAGGAAUCUAUGCAUACUCCCCUCAGAUUCCUGGUGUUCGGUUUCCGGGUUUAACUCAUCCUGGUAUAGUGGGAACUGCACCAUCAGUCGAACUUCUUAAUAUAUGGAACGAAAGGGAAAGGAAAUUGACCGAGACAAGUCAUGAGUCUCUGAAACUGUGUGAAGUUCUGCACCAGAGGCCCCUCGCUAUCUUACCAACCUCCGAAAACUGCUUACUUGGAAUGAUUGAAAAAGGGACUGCUGAAUGGCAAAAGAUUGCAAACGAAGCAGCAAGAACUAUUCCUGGAAGAGAGAACGGGGGGAACUGUGACAUUAAGAAUCUAAGCAGAGGUUCCAAAGUUUAUCUACCAGUAUUUGUUGAAGGAGCAAAUUUGAGUACUGGUGAUAUGCACUUCUCCCAAGGUGACGGUGAAGUCUCAUUUUGUGGAGCAAUAGAAAUGAGUGGGUUCCUUGAGCUAAAGUGUGAGAUUAUAAGAGGUGGGAUGAAGGAAUACUUGACUCCUGUUGGUCCGACAGCACUUCAUGUGAAUCCUAUCUUUGAGAUAGGUCCAGUGGAGCCACAUUUUUCAGAAUGGUUAGUCUUUGAGGGCAUCAGUGUAGAUGAGACUGGGAAACAGCAUUUCCUUGAUGCAUCAGUUGCCUUCAAGUGUGCAGUUCUCAAUGCCAUUGAAUACCUUUCCAGAUUUGGGUACUCCAAGGAGCAGGUCUAUCUUUUACUAUCAUGCUGUCCAUGUGAGGGUAGAAUAUCUGGAAUAGUAGACGCUCCUAAUGCAGUGGCGACACUUGCCAUCCCUACAGCAAUAUUUGACCAGGAUAUAAGGCCAAAACGCCUGGGGCAUGGACCAAAAUUGAGAAGAACUCCCGAUGUUCUGAGGUGCACGUAGGAUGGACACCUUCCUGCAACACAAGACCAAAAUGGAACAGUGGCACCGUAGUGACAAACAUCCAAAAAUCAAUCCACGAUGAAUAUGUUUACACUGUAUAAUUAUAAAUAUAAAUAAUCAUCAACGGGCGUGCAACCUGUAGUGUGAACCAGUAGUUGCAAUAUGAGACUUGUGGACACUUGAUAAUUUAUGUAUCAGAGAAUCCCCAUAUAUGGAGACAGAGAUAUGCCAUAUAAGUUUCCUGUGUUUUUGGUUGUUGCAAA